GCCAAACAAAUAUAAAAAAGCAAUCGUCCAGAUGCUUUCAUAUCGACAAAAUGUUACUAUAGUAUACUACUAGUAUUAACUACACCAUAUAUGACACCAUAUCAGUUCUUUCAACUGGAUCAAAGCAACUCAUGAAAGUGAUCCGUAAACACAGGGUUGGGAUAGGCCUUUUAUUACACAUGAUAAAUUAAAGUACCAGUACUAUUACAAAACAAUCAUGAAAGGAACAGACACAACAAUGAGGAAGACAACAACAAUAGAGGGGGAUCGAUCACCUCUUUGGACUCGGGAUGAAACGUUCAUAAUAGACCACAACAACGCCACGAGGAAUAACAAAACAAACUUUAGAAAUGAGAUCAAUUUUAAAGAAACAAUCGUAACAGAUGAAUACAACGAUGUGCCCAGGCAAGACAGGCAUGUUCCUGAAGAUGCUCGAGUAAAAGAUGAAUUGGAAACAGAAAGGAAAGUUGAUGAUUUCAUAAAUACUCCGAACCUUCCAUCCAGGCCUAGGGCAUCAACAAUAGGAAGUGAUUACAGGCGAGAAAUCCUGCAGCGUACUAAUAAACGAUUCAAGUCGAUUAAAAAAUAUACGCAAAUACCUGUAUUAAAGCGAAACAGCUGGCGAUCGAGAUCUACAUCUCAUGCAACAAAUCCAGGUCCUGAAAUAAGCAGAGCAGACGAAAUGUCGUCGUAUUCAAGCAAAUCCAGACGACAUUCAAGUCAUUAUGUGAAUUUGGACACAGCCGACAAUUGCGAUUCUAAAGAUGAUGACAACAACGAUGAUGAAACAUUUUGUGAUGAUAAAGCACAGGGUGUUCUGAGAAUAAAACGUAAACACCUACGAAGAAGGAUUUUGAGCGACCCAGCAGAGUUGGAUGAUUCAAAAGAUUCGUUACCAGUAUCCAUGCGUGAACAGACCUCAUGUGAGUCGUUCUAUAAUAAGACAGCGGAGAAAGUGAUAGAACGGUAUAGAAAACGUGCAAAUUCAGAUAUCACAGAACUAUCAGCAGCCACUCAACAUUUUAAAGACAUAUACUCUUCAAAUCAUGAUCACGAAAGUUCAGACAUUGUUUACCUCAAGCAUAAUUUGCCUCGGAAACUGAGACCAUUGUUUCCCGAAAGACCAGAGACAAAGCCUGGAUUUCACGAGGACAUGCCUCACGUGGAGAUUAAGAACACCUCUUUAAAUUCAUCGAGUGAUGAUAUAUCGCCAAUCAAUACCUGCAAUAAAAACUACAGUGCGGGUAAUGAGCCAAAGGCUAAUCUAGAGACAGAAAUUGCGUUGCGAACAAAUCUUCCGGCAAGUAAUUCUCGCAAGGCAUUGAUCCCCUUGAAAGGUUACACGCCGAAUAUUUUGGACAAGAUAGAGAGAGAGAAAACGCCAUUGAUAAUGGACCAUGGGUUGGUCAGAAAGGGUUCUGGUCAUCAUACGACCGCAAUCGAACCUCUCAGGCGUGUGAACAGUGAAAAGGCUCGUCCCAUAUCUAGUCGCCAUGGUAACCUAAGCAGAGACAGACCGGCAUCUGUAAAAGAUAAAAAACACCCAAGAUCAAUAGAACAACUCAAACAAUGUUCAGCUGAGGAAAUGGAAAAAUUGAAAACGGGCAAAGAACCAUCACGACAAGGAAGCAUAAAGUCAAGAAAGUCCCUCGAUCGCGCAAAUUCACUACCUGAUAGCGAGGCUGGGGCAGACGACAGCCAACUCUCAGAAAUGAUGUCACAAUUAAAAACAUGUCGAUACCUAAGGACAAAUACUGACUUAACUGAAGAAACAUGAUACAUAUGGGUCCCAUCUCCUCAAUUAUAAUACUUAAUUGGUAUAUUGGUGCACCAGAAAUGUAUUACACGAUCUUGCCGUAACUACCUUGAUUCUUGCCUUACAUUGAUUCCGUCCUAAUAAACCGUCCAAUGAAACAAUUUAAAGACUGACGAAUCAUAAUUUGUGUGAGGAUGGAUGUUGUUUUGUAUUAAAGUGUUGUACACAUUUAUACUACUAAUAAAAUUAAUUAAAACAUGG